ACUCAAACCCAAACAAAAAAAAAAGAAAAGAAAAUACCCGACCCCACUUCUCCUCCCAAUAAAUAAUUUGAUAAUUUCUCACACAGUACAAAUAAAAUCAUAUUCUUAUUUACUACACAUUCACUAAAAUAAAUUACAAUACCCCAUAGUAUAAUUUUCACCGACGAUAAUGCUUUCUCUCUCCUGUUGCAGCAGCAGCCUUCUUCUGCUAUAUCCCGACGACACUCUCCCUGCUGUCAAAGAUUCUCUUUUUCUUUCUCUUUCUCUCUCCUCUUUUUUCCCCCAAUUUUUUCUGAAAACCCUAAUUAAAAUCAUGCUCCUUCUUCUCUCUACACAGAUCUCUCUUUAACCUUCAAUCUUCCCCAAAUCAUCAUCAAUCUCUUUCAUUUUGUAGAAGAUUUUAAAAAAAUAAAUAAUAUUUAAAUGGGAUGUGCAAGCUCGAAACUCGAUGACCUUCCGGCAAUAAUCUUAUGCCGUGAACGUCUAGAAUUCUUAUCUACAGCACUUCAUCAACGGUAUGCGUUAUCCGAAGCACACGUGGCGUACAUCCACUCCCUUCAAUCUGUGGGUCUUUCUCUUCAUCGUUUUUUCGACUCUUCCACCGAAAUUCCACCGCCUUCACCUGUUUUAGACCUUCCUACUCAACGUAAACUUCCCGUCGAUGAUUUUCCGGCGAAUAAUUCCGGCCAUCUUUCUCACUCUAACUCUGGGUCCCACCUUCACUUCCACUCAGAUUCUUCAGACGAUGAUGAAGAUCAUCAUGGGUCGGGUUCGGGUUCUGGGUCGUCGGUCCAACAUCAUAUCCAUGACUCACCUCCUCGUGCUAUGAUGCAUGAGGGAACUUCGGGUGGUGGUGGUGGUGGUGGUGGUGAAGGGGUUGGGUUUAACCCGUAUUUGUAUUCGAAUGGCGGAGGAAAUGGAAAUGGGUAUAAUAUGAAUUUUAAUUAUAUGAAGAAGCAUGUAACGCCUUCAGUUUCGUAUGAACAGAAGCCAGUGAGUUAUCAGACGGUUCAGUAUGGUGAAUUUAAUCCUUCGUCUUCUGGUACUAGUUUUUAUGAUUACAAUAAUAAUAAUAAUAACAAUGGGUAUAAUAUGAAUAUGAAUAGUAAUGUUAAUGUGAAUAGUAAUAAUAAUAAUAAUAAUAAUAAUGGGUAUAUGAAUUAUGGUGGUUAUUUUGGUGGUGGUGGUAGUCGUGGUCAGGGUUCGAGAGGAGGUGGUGGAUAUGGUGGUUGGAAUGGUGGGGUGGGUCAGGCGGUGGAGGGUCCAAAAGUGGCAGCUCCACCACCUCCACCACCGCCUCCAUCGACGUCGGGGUGGGAUUUUAUGAAUUUGUUUGAGAGUAUAGAGACUCAUUAUCCGUCUUAUACACCAAGUAGGGAUUCUAGGGAGGUGAGGGAAGAAGAGGGUAUUCCUGAUUUGGAGGAUGAGGAUAAUGCACAUGAGGUUGUUAAGGAAGUUCAUAUGGUGGAGGAGAGUAGUAGUGGGACUGGGAGUAGUAUUAGUGGUGUUAGUGUUAAUGGUGAUUCGAAACGAGUCGAGGAUCAGGAGGUGGUUGGUGUUGGCCCCAGUCAAGGGGCGGGGGAAGGGGCAGGGGGAGGGGAUCCUGGUGUUUAUAAAGGAGGGAGGACUAGUGUGUCAUCCCUCCAGAGUGCUCCGCUUGAGUACGAGGUUCAUAUGGUGGAUAAGAAGGUUGUGGCUGGGGAGGCUAAAUCUGAGCAUCAAGGUAAAGGAGGCGGUGCUGGAAGGCCGGUUUUUAGGAAUGCUUUUGAGGUUGUUAAGGAAAUUCAGGUUCAGUUUGAGAGGGCUGCAACUUCAGGGGGUGAGCUUGCUAAGGUGCUUGAAUUGGGUAAACUCCGAUAUCAAAGAAAGAAUGCAGCUUUUCAAGUUUCUGCAAAGAUGUUGAAUGUAAUUACUCCAUCAUUACCUUCUACUUCCAAAGACGAUGCUCCGGUAGACCUUGAUGAAGAUGUGCAAAUGCGAUCGGCUAAUCUUUCAGCUACCUUGCAGAAGCUCUAUCUUUGGGAGAAGAAACUCUUUGAAGAAGUCAAGGCUGAAGAAAAAAUGAGGGUCAAUCAUGAUAGAAAGGUGGAAAGAUUAAAUCGAUUGGCUGAGAAAGGUGCUGAACCCCAAAAGAUUGAAUCAACAAGAGCCGCGGUGAGGAGUCUUUCCACAAAAAUAAGAAUUGCAAUUCAAAUUGUUGACAAGAUCUCAGCAAAGAUAAACAAGCUCAGAGAUGAAGAGUUGUGGCCACAAUUAAAUGAGUUAAUCCAAGGUCUGAGUAGGAUGUGGAAAGCUAUGUUGGAAUGCCAUCACAGUCAGUGCGAGGCAAUUGAUGGAGCCAGGGGUCUAGAUGCAAUUGCAUUCCCCAACAAUCCAAGUGACACACAUCUGGAAGCCUCUUUGCAGCUUGAGCAUGACCUUCUAAAUUGGACUUGCCGGUUCACUGACUGGGUUGGUGCUCAAAAGGGUUAUGUCAGAGCCUUGAAUUGUUGGCUAUUGAAAUGUAUUUUAUAUGAACCAGAAGAAACACCCGAUGGGGUAGCUCCUUUUUCUCCUGGGAGGGCAGGGGCACCACCUGUCUUUGUAAUAUGUAACCAAUGGAAUCAAUCAUUGGAAAGAAUAGCAGAGACUUCCGAGAGAGAAUUGAUUGAUUCAAUGCGUGUCUUUUCUAUGAUGGUUUUACACUUUAGAGAACGGGACAAGGGAGAACUACGGCAGAGGAUGAAUGCGGACCGGGAUAUGGAGAGGAAAGUUAAGAACAUGGAGAAAGAAGAUAUGAAAAUGCAGAAGAAAAUGGUUCUAGCUUCUGGAGAUUCUGAUGGUCUCUCUUUAUCUGGGCAUGUUGUGUACCAGAGUGACACCAGCAGCAAGACUAGUUUACAAGCUGGUCUUCGGCACGUAUUUGAGGCUAUGGAUAGGUUCACUGCUGAUUCUGUGAAAGUUUAUGAGGAGCUCCUUCAACGCAGUGAAGAAGUGUUAAGGGAACACGCAAAUGUAUCUUAAUUCACAUUACAAUGGAAUUCCGUCCAUCUUUAAUUAUUGCUUGUUCAAUCUGCGACAUGCUAUACCUCAGUGUCUUCUGCAGCAGUACCCUGAGGUUGAAAAAGCAAUGAGGCUCCGUUUUGCUAUGUGCUACCCCAAAGUAUGAUACAUGCGAGCAAAAGUCUCUGCCACCUGAGAUCAUUCUGCUGCAUCUGUUAUUGGUUUGCAGGAUUGGUUGACUAGGGUUGGCAAUAUGAGUCAUUAGGCCAGGUUCCGGUGUGGUCUCGAAUUAUUGAGGACGAUCUUAUUAAACUUACUGUGGCACCCUGCAAAUAUUUAGUCAAGAACUCUGGCUAUGUCAACGAGACGGAAGGCCGCAACCUUGCGCAGCAGGUAAAUGAUAAAACUUGAAUUUUGUACCAAUAGGACCUAUAGAAGAAUUAGGACUUUCUGGGUUGGUGGGACGCAAGUCUUGUCUUUCUAAGUGCCCAGAAAUUAGGGAUGUACCGUGUAUAGAAAAAUGUUAGGGACGAGGCAGGUGUAAGAGUUAUUUAGUUGUACAGAAUCUUGAAGAUUGAUAUUGAGGCCUAUCUUUAUAUACACCCAUAGAAAAGUUCUGCUGGAACUGGUGAAUUAAAUUUGUUCUUAUUGCUCUUAAUAAAAGUGGUUUUGAUUCCCUUAAAACAA